GAAGAGGUGUCUGCAAUAUCAGCAGGCAAAUCAAAAAUCGACUUUGCCUCUGAACUUGAAAGAAUCAUGGCACUAAGAAAUCUCACCAACUGGCGUUCAAUAAUUUAUGGGGUGGAAAACACUAAUGAUUACAUCAAAAUUGAGAAAGAGCGGGAAAAUGAUGUCAUCUCCCAUUAUAUACUCAGACUAGCCUUUUCUAAGAGUGAACAUCUUCGUCGUUGGUUUUUGGCCAACGAAUUGGAAUUGUUCCGUGUUAGACUGAAAGCCCUCAGUCUGGACUCUGCUUCCUUUACAAAAUUUAUACACUCAAAUGAUGUCGGGUAUCCACUUAUUAACUCGGCUGAAACUAUUUUUCCUCAAAAUGUACAAAAUGCCUACUUUGGGUCAUCGACUAAACUAUACGUCCUCCCUUUCGCUGAAGCGGUCGAGUUAGUUGGAAAAAGAGCAGUUCUUUUGCACAAAGGGAAUGCGUACCUGACACAAAACCAGCUUAUGCCGAGUGUUUGUUCUCUCUUUAGGACUUAUUUGUCUCAGUCACUUUCUUCCAUUUCUAAUUCGCUUGGAAAUCUGUUCGACGAGGACAACAGGAUGCAGCCUAUUUUGGAAGAGUUGAGCAUGGAUUUGGUAGAAAAUGACAUUCCUGCCAACCACAGCGAACUUAAGUUAUAUAUAAAACAUUUUCCGUUAUGUAUGCGCGUUAUACACGAAGUUUUGAGGCAACUACAUCACAUGCGUCACUGGGGGAGACAACAGUACGGGUUAUUCCUCAAAGCAAUUGGUCUUCCUUUGGAGGAGUCACUCAAAUUUUGGAGGGAGGAAUUUACUCACAAAAUGGAUGUUGAUAAGUUUGAAAAAAACUAUGCCUACAACAUUCGUCAUAAUUACGGGAAGGAAGGACGGCGGACUGACUACACACCACACUCUUGUAUGCGCAUUAUAUCCAACAUUGGCCCGUCCACAGGAGAAUGCUACGGUAUGGCAUUGUUUUUAUCGAGAUAGGCUGUCCGUUCCGUCAUUUUGAUGUUGUU